CAGCCAAGAAAAAACCACACACAAAAAAAAUAAAUAAAAAAACCCAUUUCUUCUCUCUCUCCCGGCCCCCAUCUCUCCUUUCUUUCUGCACUACCAUGAGUAACUCAAAGGAUGUGAGUGUGCAGGCACUCACAUGCGCCUUGGUGUUGAUAUUUCUAGUUGGUUUUGGCAGCUGCAACAUAGACCAGGAUAGGGCAGAAUGUACAGACCAGCUAGUAGGGCUUGCCCCGUGUAUUCCGUACGUCGGCGGUGAUGCCAAAACUCCAACCUUAGAUUGUUGCAGUGGAAUUAAAGAAGUGGUGCAGAAGAGCAAGAAAUGCCUCUGUAUCCUAAUCAAGGACCGCGACGAUCCGAAACUCGGCCUCAAGAUCAAUUCCACUCUUGCUUUGAACCUUCCUAGUUCCUGUCAUGUACCUGUCAACAUAUCAACAUGUAUUGAUCUCUUGAAUUUGCCAUCAAACUCUCCGGACGCGAAGAUGUUCCGGGAUUUUGAAAACCAGACUGAAGCGAGAAGCAACUCUACUGCCCCUUUAUCCAGCGUGAAUUCUACAAGCAGUGGUACAGUUGCUCAAGCAAAGAGUGAUGGUGGGAGGUUGGAAAAAAGAUUGAUGGGAAUAGAGAUGCUAUUUGGGACUCUGCUGGUGUUUUAUAUUUCACACUUGGUGUUUUAUGCUUGAUACAAGACUGCCUUGUCCUUACUGCUGAUCGUUUUGUGUCCAUGGUUAUUCAUGAUCAACCUGAAUGCAGCUGCUCUUCUUCUCUCUGUCACGAUGCUUAUUGCUCAAACUAAGAACAGAACUCAGUUCCAAAAAAGUGUGUUCUUGUGAGAGGAGAGGUCGCUAUAUGUUCAUACACAUAUCCCUUCUCAUAAUGGAAUGAGGACUCCCUAUUAGAAUCCUUAUGGAAACAACUUAUAUUUUCCUAAUCCAUAUCAAUUCAUUACUCCAACAGAAUUCUCAAGUUUAUAUCAAUUGGUUUCAGAUAGCCAAUGCCAGAUCACCUAGUCUCAAGUUUAUAUUCUUAACACUUUAUAUCUUCA